CGCAGACGGCAGACCACAGUCCACAGGUGGCCGCCAGGUCGGCUAAACGUCCGCCUCCCACGCUCCCCGCCACCCGCGCCUAAUCCACACCAGGUGCCCGACAUGUGUUCGACGGUUUGCCCGUGAGACGACGCGCGUCGGCCAUGGCGCUCGCCCUCCUCUCCCCCUCAUCAGCGAGUGCCCACCGUCUGCCGCGCCCCAUCAGCUCCCCGCCGCUCGGGCGCGCCGCCUCGGCCACCAGCAUCGGUUCCUCCUUCUUCCCCCUCUGCUCCUCCCCUCCGUCCUCCGGCUCUUGCUCCUUGCGGAGGGCCAGCUCCGCGGGCGGCGCAAGCGAGCCAGAAGCGUCGGGGGCCACCUCCCUCGACGCCGACUUGCUCAGGCGUGUCGCCGGCGCCGCGGACGCCGGCGAGGCGCUGGACAUCGUCGCGGAGUCGGCGGGAGGCACGGGCGGUCUGGACGCGUCCGACUGUAACGCGAUCGUCGCGGCGGCGCUUGACCGGGGCAACGUGGAGCUAGCGCUCUCGGUGUUCGAGGCGAUGCGAUCCGGCUUUGCACGAGCUGGGGCCUGGAGGUGGGCGAGGCCAGACGUGCGGACGUACGCAUUGCUUGUCCAGCGAUUGGCAGCUGCUCUGCGUGUUUCUGAUGCUCUUAGGAUAAUCGAUUAUGUAUCUCGCGCAGGCAUUUCUUCGGCAGAGGAGGUCCCAUUUGGGAUGAUUAUUCGCUGUCCAAGCUGCAUGGUAGCAGUCGCAGUUGCACAGCCCCAGCAUGGAACUCAGACUGUUUCUUGUUCAAAAUGCCGAUAUCAGUACGAACUAUUUUCUGGAGAUAUCAUGAGCAUCGAGUCUGAAGAAGUUAGCAUGGACAUUUCAGCUUUGGACAAGGCAUUGCGAUUUAUAAAUGUGAUAAAAGACGGUCUUCCAGCUGCUGUGCACUCUAUUGUGUUAUUUAUUUUGCAGAUUCGCACACCUUCAGGAACAGCCCGUACCCAUAGAUUUGCUACGCAGACUGUAGAACUGCCUGCUCAAGAAGGAGAAAGAGUGACCAUUUCCUUGGCUGCCCCAUCAAAUGUUUAUCGUGAAAUGGGUCCCCUUAAGAUUUCUGCACGCUCACAAGGGUUUAGACCAGGAGAACCCAUGUCUCUCACCAAUCACAUCAACAGACAAGUCUCAAGAUUGCUAAGAGCUCCAUCAAAGAACGAGGGACCAUUCGUCUUUAAUCCAUAUUUGUUGGUCGGUGCUCUUGCUCUUCUUGCCUCUGGAGAUGCUGCUUCUGCAUUCAUCGACCCAAGCCUCCCUAGAUUUAUUACAGCAACUGCUUUUGCAUCAGCUGCUGUUGGAACAGCACUAAAUCAAGUGAUCCUGCCAGAGAUUCGAAAGCUUCCACAAAAGACAGUAGAUAUAAUUGCUGUUCGGCAGCAACUUUUAUCUCAGUACGACAUGCUUCAGACUCGUCUAAAGGAUCUGAAACAACUUUCCGAAAAGGAGGUGUGGAUGCUGGCAAGAAUGUCUCAACUAGAGAACAAGAUAUUAGCAGUAGGUGAACCAUCAUAUCGUGCUCGUCGAGGUAGAGUGAAGAGGGUACUUGAAAGCUUGGAAAGUACACUCCUGGCAAAGAUUGAGCUGAUGGAAAGUUAUGCAAAAUUGUGUUCUAUGAUUGAAAUUGAAGUUGAGAUGGACUCAGAUGUUAUUGUUGCUGAAGCAGCAAGUAGUGCAGAAAGGAUAUCAGAACAAAUACAGCAACUAAUGGAGAUUGAUAGUCUUGAAGAGCAAUGGCGUAUACAAGCUGAGGCUAAUGACGAAGCAGAAAGGCUGCUUAAUUCAGAUUCUUCAGAAACAUUUUCCGCUGAGCAUGUAUAAUGAGUUAUUUUGGAUAUUUUGUGGCACUAAAAUGAUCGAUGUCUCCAUCAACUUGCUCUUGUCAACAGUGUACUAGAAGGAAAGCUGGAUGGAUAGUCAGGCAAUUGCACAGAGAUACCAUCAGAGUGCAGGUCACCAAUGUAAACUCGUUUCGGGAACACCAUCGUAGCAAAUCCAAACGCUCAGGUUAUUGGGCGAACCUCCCUUAGCCAAAUUGCCUACCUUAUUAAGAAUAAGGUACCCGAUUGCUUCCGAUUGCUCGAAUACUAUGGUAUCCUUGCGCCCAAUACUGGUUUGUUUGCUUAUGCAUUCAUUGCCAAGUAUAUAUUGUCUAGAUACUGUAGAAAGUUUUGCCCAUUUUGGUUCUGAAUGUCUUACAUUUCAAAGUCCUGAUCAAAUUUUUAUGGACCAAGAAAACCUUCCUUUGCAGCAAUGUUUCUCAGCCAUGGUGAAAUUGGCUACUAUACUA